AUGGGCUGGGAAUAUGCCCAAGUACAUCUCAAGUACACGAUACCUUUUGGUGUCGUGCUAUUCGCCGUGUACAGACCAUUGAUGUCACGGUUGGAUAUUUUUAAACUCAUAUUUAUGAUAACAACUGCAGUGGUUUCUACAAUCCCUUGGGACUCUUAUCUCAUUAGAAAUCGGAUAUGGACAUAUCCUCCUGGAGUUGUUGUUGGGCUGACCGCGUGGGAUAUCCCCGCUGAGGAGCUCUUCUUCUUUGUGAUCCAAACACUCAACACGUCUCUUCUGUAUAUGCUGCUCAGCAAACCGACAUUUCACCCCGUUUAUCUCAGCAAAGCUAGUACCUCUGGAAAAAUAGCUGGACAAAUUCUGUUUGCCUCGGCCAUCAUUUUUGGCUUGGUUUCUGUCAGGGCCGGUGGUGAGGGCAUGUACAUGGGCCUUAUCCUUAUCUGGGCCUGUCCAUUCCUUUUGUUUCUAUGGACCAUUUCAUACCAGUUUAUUGUAAAUCUCCCGUGGACCAAUACUCUGCUCCCAAUUGCUCUGCCAACUGUUUAUUUGUGGGUGGUCGAUACUUUUGCGUUGCGAAGGGGAACAUGGAGUAUCACAUCAGGUACCAAAUACGGCAUUGUACUUUGGGACGGUUUGGACAUUGAGGAGGCUGUAUUCUUCCUUCUUACGAACACCUUGAUUGUCUUUGGGCUUAUUGCAAACGACAACACAUUGGCCAUUCUGGACACAUUCCCAGAGCAUUUCCCAAAGAACAAGGGUCUCCCAAGUCUCGGUUUGAUCGUUCGAGCUCUUCUUCUCCCAGAGGAAAAGUACGACCAAGAAAGAAUCUCAGGUCUGGUUAGCGCAGUUGAUCUUCUCAGGAAGAAGAGUCGCAGCUUCUACCUCGCGAGUGGAACUUUUGAGGGAAGACUCCGAAUUGAUCUCAUCCGCCUUUACGCUUUUUGCAGAGCCGCAGACGACCUUGUGGACGAGGCCCCUUCUGUUGAUGAUUCCAGAGCCUCUAUUGAAAAGUUGAGGGAAUUCCUGAACAUCGCAUACAAAGAGAACGAGGAUGAGGAAAUUUCGCCCCGACUACGCGAAUUCGUGACAUCCAACUUCCCUGAAAUGUUCCACAUGGCUCUCCUUCAACUUCCAACCUUUUAUCUACCAAAACAGCCUCUUUAUGACUUGCUCAAGGGAUUCGACACCGACCUUCUCUUUGAUCGAAAGUCUGGCAAGUUUCCCAUUGAAUCUACUGAGGAUUUGGAUAUCUACGGCAGCCGCGUAGCUGGAACAGUUGCUGAGCUCUGCAACCAUCUUAUCCUUUACCACACUCCCGAGACGAUAUCUCCGGAAGUUCAGCGUGAGGUCGUUGCUUCUGGUCAAGAAAUGGGCAUUGCACUUCAAUACGUCAACAUCGCCCGCGAUAUCAAGGUUGACGCUGAGAUCGACCGUACCUACCUUCCUCUAUCCUGGUUAAAGGAAGCCCAGCUCACACCUGAAGAUGUGAUGCAGCAGCCACAUGGUCCUACGAUUGAGAUGCUACGCCAGAAGCUUCUUGAUCGCGCUUUCGAAAAGUACGACGCUGCCAAGGGAGCAAUUGAUAAGCUUCCUUCAGAAGGGAAAGGUCCUAUUCGAGUUGCUGUUGAGAGUUAUAUGGAGAUUGGACGUGUGCUUAGAGAAACAGGUCCCGUUAUGAAGAAAGGAAGAGCUACUGUUCCCAAGUCGCGACGCAUUCGGGUUGCCUGGUCUGCGUUGAAACACUAG